AUGUAUACUGUGGUUAUGGUUUGUCGAUGCUAUGGUGGUUCCCCGUCUAAACUCUAAUAAGGUUUUAUCUUUAUGUUCAUUUCAUUAUGCUUUCAUGGCAAUAGCUCACUGUGAAAUUUUAUAUCUUUAUUCUGUGAUUGAUCGUUUCUAUUAAAAAUGAGAAUUAAUCGCCAGAAAAAAGCCAAUAAAUAUCUGAACUUCUACUCUAACAAUUUUGGUUUCCGAAAGCCAUUCCAAGUGCUUAUUGAUGGAACAUUCUGCUAUGCUGCAUUACAGAACAAGGUGAAUAUUCAAGACCAACUAACCAAUUAUCUUGGAGUAGAAAUAAAACUUCUAACCACAAAAUGUGUCAUAAUGGAAACAGAGAAGUUAGGAAAAGCCUUAUUCGGAACAAGUUUGAUAAUCAAACAGUUUUCAGUCCAUCAAUGUGAACACAAGAAAUCAAUUAGUGGUUCGGCUUGUUUUACUUCGAUGAUUGGAGAAAAUAAUCCAAAUAGGUAUAUAAUUGCAACUCAAGAUAGAGAGCUGCAAGAUGUGGUGCGAGAUGUUCCAGGAACUCCUGUUAUGUACUUACAUCAGAAAGCACCCACCUUGGAAGAACCAUCCAAGUUGAGUCUGAAAGUAGCACAACAGAAGGCCAUUCAAAGGUAAAUUGGUAAUCAAGUU